CGUGGAAUUGGCACACAGGGCUGUGUGUAUACACACCAGGGCAGGAGCCGUGUUCCUCAGCAGCACAGGCCGCAGCGGAGCAGGCCGAGGCCCAAGCUGCCCACACUGCGCUCGCAGGAGCCGCAGCUCAACCUGCGUCCUUGGCCCAGCUGGGCACCCAGCUUUCCCGCAAGCUGCUUGCUUGGCACAAAGGAGAACAAAGAAAGAUGACAGUGUUUUGGAGAUCCCAUCAAUUCCAAAUCCUUUUCCUGAGCUGUGUUGCUCUCCGUUCGCAUCCGUUUUGUCAGCCAGUCUGUUGCCCAAGGCAACUUCAAGAAAAAAACAGGAUUUGGGUUAUGAGAAGUUAGGCUUCAAGGAAUAUUGCAAAGUACUUAGUUCUGUUUCAUGUUACCACCUGAGUGAAGGUUGUCAAGUUCUAAGAAAAGCAGACAUGAGUUUGUCUUCAAGAAGAGUGACAUUGCCUGCAGUUAUGCCAAUAACUCUGCAGAAACGGGUAAUUAAAGUUUAUAGUGAAGAUGAUACCAGCAAAGCUUUGGAAGUCCCAACUGAUAUAACAGCCAGGGAUGUAUGUCAGCUGUUGAUAUUGAAGAACCACUAUAUUGAUGACCGCAACUGGACUCUGUUUGAGCACCUUACUCACACAGGUUUAGGAAGAGCUAUAGAAGACCAUGAAUUAGUGACAGAGGUCCAGUCAAACUGGGGAAUGCAAGAGGAAAACAAAUUGUAUUUUAGAAAAUAUUAUGCCAAAUAUGAAUUUUUCAAAAAUCCUGUGAGUUUUUUCCCAGAACAUAUGUUAUCUUUUCCAAAUGAGACCAAUGCACCUGUAAGCCACUCUGGGAUAUUACAGAUGUUCCUAAGCUCCAGCACAUAUCCUGAGAUUCAUGGUUAUUUGCAUGCAAAGGAACAGGGGAAAAAAUCAUGGAAAAAACUGUUCUUUCUUUUGAGAAGAUCCGGUCUUUAUUUUUCCACUAAAGGUACAUCUAAGGAGCCAAGGCAUCUGCAGUUUUUCUGUGAAUUCAGCAAUAGUGAUAUGUACCUGUCUUUGACAGGCAAAAAGAUUUCUGGAGCACCAACAAACUAUGGAUUCUGCUUUAAGCCUAACAAAUCAGGAGGAACCAGAGACCUGAAACAGCUCUGUGCAGAUGAUGAGCAAAGUAGGACCUGUUGGAUGACAGCAAUUAGGUUGCUUAAGUAUGGGAUGCAGCUGUAUCAGAAUUACAUGCAACCAUAUCAAGGUAGAAGUGGCUGCAGCCCUUUGAAUAUAACACCCAUGAGAAGUAUUUCAGAAAAUUCUUUAGUAGCAAUGGAUUUCUCAGGACACAGAAGCAGAAUUAUAGAAAAUCCAAUGGAAGUCCUUUCAGUUGCAGUUGAAGAAGGAUUAGCAUGGCGGAGGAGAGGGUGUCUACGACUCAACUCACAUGGUAGUCCUAUUGCCAUGUCUAACGUGGCUAUACACAGGUCUCAGUCUUGGUUUCAUCAUAAAAUCUCUAGAGAUGAAGCUCAGAGGCUUAUUUUGCAGCAUGGACUUGUAGAUGGGGUAUUCUUGGUACGUGAUAGCCAAAGUAACCCCAAAACAUUUGUAUUGUCAUUGAGUCAUGGAUUAAAAAUAAAGCAUUUUCAAAUUGUACCCUUGGAAGAUGAUGGGAAGCUAUUUUAUACCCUUGAUGAUGGUCAAACCAGAUUUACUGAUCUCAUCCAGCUAGUGGAAUUCUACCAACUUAAUAAAGGAGUACUGCCUUGCAAGUUAAAACACUAUUGCGCACGAAUUGCUCUUUAACCAAAGCAUCUGUUGUUUCAUCAAAGGCGGAGGAAGAUACUAGAAUACUUUUUCCCCUCAAGGCAAUUUCUAUAGUAAGAAGUGAAAAAGCAUUACAUUGUAAAGAUUCUAAGUUUUAGCUACCAAAUUAAAAAAAAAAAUAAGUCUAUAUAGGUAAGAAUUUUGCAUUGUGAUUGUCAAAGCAAAAUAACUUUAUGGUUUUAAAAAACGUUAUUUCAUAUGUAAUUCUUCAGUGUUGUCUUGGACUCUUGUUCUUUUUUUCCCAACUGAAAACAAUUUUAAAAAAAUAUUGUGCAACUUCUACAAAAAUAUAACUGGUUGUUCUUGGGUUUAAAAUGAACUUUGUCUUUCAAAUGUUUCUCAUAAUUUCUGUUCAUCACGUGGAAGAAUAACAUCUACUGUGGUAAGGAGAGGAUGAACUGCACAUUUUAUUUGUAAAUAAAAUGAAUAAAUAUUUUGCACUAUAUUUUUGAAUGCUACUUUGAGGAUAAUCAUGCAAAAAGUGAAAAAUCAUUAAAGCUACUUGUAAC